UCGGCUGCCAUGGCGACAAGGUGUGGAAGGGCGAGAGAGAGAGAAAGAAAGGAAGAGAGUCGAAAAGGUGAAGCGUGAGGAGAAGUGGCUAUGAGAGCGACUGUGUUCAGCGUGGUGGCAACUAGGCGACGCAAUGUGGGUCUGUGGGAAAACGUUUGCGGCCACUGCCGGGACAGUCCGACAUGUUGGUCAAACGAUUGUGUGUUGUUGAAGGGCAGACGACCAGGGAUGUACGCGAGAAGCGUGGAGAGAGGAGUACUGGCAGGAGAUGUGAUAUUCUGGUUUUGUAGACAGAUAGAUGCGGGCAAAGGCAGGGAUGAGAGCGUGCUUAUGUGCAUUGACAGCGGCAAGGUUGCUGUGGGUCCACGCGACUUUGGUCAACAGUCGCGCCAAUAAUUCCGCCAAUAAGACUGCCAUCUGGCACUCCCGACAGCAGCGCGUCAAGUUGAGUCGAAUUUGAGCAGGCGGGCGGGCGGGCGCUGGCAUACCCAACUAUGUUGCGCUCAAUCUCACUGGCGAGGACGGCGUGGGCAGAGUGCCGGGGAUGGCGGAGUGUAUGUGCGGCGACGAGGGUGUGGGCGGGCUCUGAGGGGAGAAGCGGUGAGGCUGUGGGCGCGAGCACGGGCGCGGGGUCGGGCGCCGGGAAGCGGUUUGUGGACGAGCUUGAGGCGCGUGGGCUUGUGGUCGACUGCUCCUCGCGCGAUGGGCUAGCAGCGGUGGUGGACGCGGCCGAUGGAGGGGCGGAUGUGGGGGUGUAUGCCGGGUUUGAUCCGACGGCCUCGUCGCUGCACGUGGGCAAUCUGGUGGCGCUGGUCAUGUUGCGUCGGUUUGCGGCAGUGGGCGUGAAGCCGGUGGUGCUCCUCGGCGGGGCGACGGGACUGCUGGGCGAUCCAUCGGGUAAGACGGCGGAGCGGACACUGAUGCCUGUUGACGAGCUGGCGCGGAACAUGGCGAGCAUCGAGGCGUCGUUGCGGAUGCAGCUGCUUGACGGGCGGAUGGAGGUGCGGAACAACGCCGAGUGGAUGGCGGAGAUGGGCGCGCUCGAGCUGCUCCGCGAGUACGGCAAGCACUUUCGGGUCUCGGCCAUGCUCGCCCGCGACGCUGUGGCUUCGCGGCUCGAGUCGGGCACUGGCAUCUCAUUCACCGAGUUUGCGUACCAGAUGGUACAGGGCAUCGACUUUGCCCAUCUGUACGAGUCGGACGCGGUGGCGGUCCAGAUUGGCGGCUCGGACCAGUGGGGCAACAUCACGGCCGGGCUGGACCUCAUCCGGCGGCGGCGAAGCGGCGACGGCACGCCUCACGAGCGGCCCGACGCAGUCGGCGUCACCUACCCGCUCCUCACCACUGCCGACGGUGCCAAGUUGGGCAAGUCUGCGGGCAACGCGGUGUGGCUCGACGCACGCCUCACCUCGCCGUUUGAUCUGUACCAGUACUUUGCGCUUGCGCCCGACGCCGACGUGCGCACGUUGCUCUGCGCGCUGACGGAACUCUCACUUGACACCAUUGAGGACGAGCUGGCGGCGCACUUUGCCCAGCCGUCGGAACGACGGGCGCAGAAGACGCUCGCUGCCGAGGUGACGCGGAUGGUUCACGGCACGGGUGCGGCAGGCGAGGCUGCCAGAGCGUCAGACGCGCUCUAUGCCCGCGACGGCGAGGCGGCGCCGGCAUCGGCCUAUCCGCGGCAUGAGCUGGCACCGGGCGCGCCGCUCGACGGCGCCUCGGUAGUUGCGCUCGCAGCAGCGGCCGGCCUGGCCCCGUCCAAGUCUGCCGCCAAGCGGCUGGCCAACGAGGGCGGCCUGUACCUCAACGGCGAACGAGUGGCGUCAAAAGACGCAGUUGUCUCCGCAAGCGACAUCAGCGAGCUUGGCGGAGUUGUCAUCAAGGCCGGGAAGCGCAAGGUUGUGCUCGUGGUGGAGGCCGAGAGCUAACCCGUACCGGUACGGUCGUUCGGUCCCUUCCGUACCGAAUAGGGAUAAAAGCGACGAUGACGAUGA